AUGAACUCCAACUUCUACCCCUCUCGACUGUAUCCGGAGGAAAUCCAAGCUCAGCAGUGGCUAGCAUUGCAACAACAGAAUGGAGCCAAUGGACACCAAGGGCAGGGUGGCGGCCAGGGCCAAAGCCAGGGCCAGGGUCAAGACACUGCAAUGAGCAAUGCCGCGAAUCUCGGAGGACUGGACUGCGCGAACACCCUCUCCGCCAUGGACGACAUGUCACUGACUAGGGAAGAGUCGCUCGACGACAUUGUCAGUCAAAACGUGCGCGAGUUCCAGCGGAGACGGAGCCUACCCCAGCCCUUCUCUGACUCGCUGCUACCGCAGAAUGUCGACAGGCGCAUGGCCAUGAUGGGCUUUGGCAGCGCCACCGACGCUCUCCACGCCUUCUCCUUUGGCUUUCCAAACAGCGCAGGCCUAGCGGGCACUUCGGAAGCGUUUCCACAGCAGGGCCUCGUGGUUAUGCCUGAUCAGACGGGCUAUCCCACGCUCCCUCCGCACACGGUUGGUAUGGGCGGCUUCUGCAACCAGGAUAUGGUAUCAAUGACUGCAGAUCCCGCUUCUAUGAGCUUCUUCAAUCCACCCAACCUACAAAAUCAGCACCCCUCCGCCGCCAUGGAGGCCGGCGGCCCGAAUUAUGCCAUGGACAUGGGCAUCGAAAGCGCACCCCUGAAUGCACCCAGCGUCAACCCGGUGGCCAGAUUUACAGUUGGGGGAAGUGGCGGCAUGAUGGGAGGAGCCAGUGAUACAAUCAACACCAACCCCGUCCAAGAAACUCCCGGCCUGAUCCUUAAUACAGGCAUGGGCCGGUUCCCACCCAACAUGUCACCUCUCGAACCUGAGCCGCGCGAGCCAUCCGUCCCUGCUUCGUUCCAAUCACCGACAUCCCCCACGUCCCGGGCCAUGUCUCAAUCAAGUGUCGGGCCGGCAAGUAUCGCCGCAGGCACCCCGGCGUCAACAGCGCCAGCCACUGCCGGCCCGUCGCUUCCCCCCGGUUUAGGCUCCCGAGACCCCAAGAAGGACGCUUACUCCAAGAGCGGCUUUGACAUGCUCAAGGCUCUGUUCUACGUCGCCACGAGAAAGAACCCUACUGUCGAUAUUGGCGCCGUCGAUUUGUCAUGCGCUUUCGUCGUCUGCGACGUGACGCUCAACGACUGCCCCAUCAUCUACGUCUCGGAUAACUUCCAAAACCUAACGGGCUACAACCGGCACGAGAUCACCGGGAAGAACUGCCGCUUCCUCCAGAGCCCGGACGGCAAGGUAGAGGCCGGCACGAAGCGCGAGUUCGUGGCCAACGAUGCCGUCUUCAAGCUCAAAAACGCCGUGGCCGAGGGCAGGGAGAUCCAGCAGAGCCUGAUCAAUUAUCGCAAGGGCGGCAAGCCAUUUUUGAACCUGCUGACCAUGAUCCCCAUCCCUUGGGACAAUAGCACCGAGACUCGGUAUUUCAUUGGGUUCCAGGUCGACCUCGUCGAAUGCCCCGAGGCCAUCUCCAGUCAAGAGUCCGGCGGAGCCAUGCAGGUCAACUACCGCCACCAGGACAUCGGCCAGUAUUUUUGGACGCCGCCCAACUCGACGCAGUGGUCGCCCGAAAGCGGCCAGACGUUGACGGUGGACGAGGUCUCGUCGCUGAUCCAGCAUAACAACCCCGCCACAUCCGCCCCGCCCCGGUCAGAAUACCACAAGUCGUCUUGGCCCAAGAUGCUUCUGGAGAAUGCGGACGACGUUAUCCAUGUUUUGUCGCUCAAGGGACUGUUUCUCUAUCUUUCGCCGGCGUGCAAAAAGCUCCUCGAGUACGACGCGUCGGAGCUCGUGGGGACGUCGUUGUCGUCCAUCUGUCACCCGUCGGAUAUUGUGCCCGUCAUGCGCGAACUCAAGGACGCGGCGCAGCAUAACCCGAGCUCGGUCAACAUUGCGUUUCGCAUCAGGAGGAAGCAUUCCGGGUAUACCUGGUUUGAGAGUCAUGGUUCGCUGGUUACGGAUCAGCCUUCUACUUCCUCCUCCUCGUCUUCUUCAUCUGCUGCUGCAUCUACUUCUGGUGGGGGUGGCGGGGGUGCUGGAAGUAGUAGUAGUAGCGGUGGUGGCAGUAGUGGUGGUGGCAAGGGCAAAAAGUUCAUCGUCCUCGUCGGGCGCAAGCGCCCCGUCCUAUGCCUUUCGCGGCGCGACGUGGAUGCCCAUACCAACGGGAUAGGCGGCUCGGCGGGCGACGGGAGCGAGGUGUGGAGCAAGAUAUCUGGGUCGGGCAUGUUUUUGUUUGUGUCGUCGAGCGUGAAGGCGCUGCUGGAGUUGGAGCCGGCCGAGUUAAAGGGCCGCAGCAUGCAGGCGCUCAUGCGCCAGGAGGCGAGGUCCGAGUUUGGGCGGAUGGUGGAGAAGGCUAGGAAGGGAGGCGGCGUGGUUGCGUUUCGGCAUGAGGUCAUGCAUAAGAGGGGACAGUACGUGCCGGCGGUCACGGUGUUGUACCCUGGGGAUGGGGCUAGGAGUGGUGGGAGGAGUAGUUUUUUGAUUGCGCAGACGAGGUUGACCAAGGGAGCUGGGGGGAGGGUCAUUGCUGCUCCUGGGAAGGGGCAUGGCCAGCAUGUUGGUGGUGGUGGGGGUACCAUCCUGGGGACGAUGGAAAGGGUGCCGGACCAGGAUGCGGUGAAUCAUCCGAUGAAUGGAGUUGUGGCUACGGGGAAGCUGACCGCGUCGAAGGCGACGUAUCCGGAUUCGGCGCCGGGCGAGGAGAGUCCGUCUGGCGGGGACGAACAAGAAGAGCAAGAGGAGGAAAGCGAGGAUGAUAUCUUUGCGGAGCUCAGGACGACCCGGUGCACGUCGUGGCAGUACGAGCUGCGGCAGAUGGAGAAGAUGAAUCGGUUGCUGGCCGAGGAGCUCUCGCAGCUCAUGGUCAACAAGAAGAAGCGCAAGCGGAGAAAGGGCGGGGGCACCGCGGGCGGAGGGAAUGGAAGUGCUGGCGGCGCUGGGGUAAAGGACUGCGCGAACUGCCACAAGCGCGAUACGCCCGAGUGGAGGAGGGGGCCGAGCGGGAAUCGCGAUCUGUGUAAUAGCUGCGGGCUGAGGUGGGCGAAACAGACGGGCAAGGUUUCACCCCGGAAUAUGUCUCGUGCUGGUAGUGAUGGCGGCGGCAGCAAGAGGAGCAGCAUCAGCACGACGAGUACCAACUCGCCGGUCGAGUCGUUGCCCUUGCGGCGCGAGGUGUCGGCCGACGCCAUCAGUGUUGCGUCGUCGAGGUUGGAGAGGAGGAGCACCAGCACCGGGGACGGGAGUGGUGGUGCCAUGAGCGGGUUGGAGAUGGGGUCUAUUCUGGAGGAGUGA